GCCCGUCCACGCCUGCGGGGGCGGAGCUCCGAGCAGCCACACCCCCUCCCUCCGUCCCGCCCCCCGCGCACCGGGAGGGUCGCGCGCCCGCCCGCGGCUAAGAUGGCGUGGCGAGCCCUGAGGAGGGUAGGGCCGGUCCUGGCGCCGCGCUGUCCGCGCCUCUCGCCUCCGCCGCUGCUGCUGCUGCGCGUGCCCGCGGCCCGCAGGCUGAGCACCAGUGCGCCCGUGCUGACCGCCCGCAAAUUCACAGACAAGCAUGAAUGGGUAUCAGUUGAAAAUGGCAUUGGAACAGUAGGAAUCAGCAAUUUUGCACAGGAAGCCUUAGGAGAUGUUGUUUACUGUAGUCUUCCAGAAGUUGGGACAAAAUUGAGUAAAAAUGAUGAGUUUGGAGCUUUGGAGAGUGUGAAAGCUGCUAGUGAACUCUACUCUCCUCUCUCAGGAGAAGUGACUGAGAUUAACGCUGCCCUUGCAGAUAAUCCAGGGCUCGUCAAUAAAUCUUGUUAUCAAGAUGGUUGGCUUAUCAAGAUGUCUGUGGAAAACCCUGCUGAACUUGAUGAACUGAUGAACGAAGAUGCCUAUGAGAAAUACAUAAAAUCCAUUGAGGACUGAGCUGGAAUUAUGAAAUAAAUCCAUGUACAAUA